CCCACCCCGCCGGUCAUAUGACGUUCAGUUUCACGCGGAGCUGUAAUCGAGGAAGUUGAAGUGAACGCUUCUUCUUCCUCUUUCCUCGCCGAGCGCAGGGAUUUAUUUUCGGGGUUCGUUUUGUGUUUGAGACGUGACCCGGGCUUCAGCCAUGCUCGGUGGAGGUCUGCUGCUGUGUUUGCUGGCCGUGUUUCCGCUCGGCUCGCGGGCUGAGUACAAUCCGGAUGAAGUGACGCACUUGCCCGGAAUGACGUUCAAACCGAACUACCGACAGUGGUCAGGAUACCUGCAGGCACGGCCUGGAAAGUUUCUCCAUUACUGGUUUGUAACUUCUCAGAGGGACCCAGUCAAAGACCCUCUGGUGCUCUGGUUGAACGGAGGCCCUGGCUGCAGCUCGCUGGAUGGGUUCCUCUCAGAGAAUGGACCAUUUCAUGUAAAUGAUGAUGGGGCUACGCUGUACGAGAACAAAUUCAGCUGGAACAAGAUUGCCAAUGUGCUGUAUGUCGAGUCUCCUGUAGGUGUGGGAUAUUCCUACUCUGAUGAUGAGAAAUAUGCAACUGAUGAUGACCAGGUUGCCCAAGAUAAUUACAAAGCCCUGCAGAAUUUCUUCUCCAAGUUCCCAAACUUCAGUCAGAACAAGUUCUUCAUCUUCGGGGAGAGCUACGGUGGAAUUUAUGCGCCAACACUCAGCCUCCUUGUGGCCACGGGAAAAGCCAAAAUAAACUUUAAAGGCUUUGCAGUGGGAAACGGCCUCAGCAGCUUUAAUCUCAAUGACCAGUCAUUGAUCUACUUUGGUUACUACCACGGCCUCUUUGGAGAAGAUUUGUGGCGUGACCUGAACAUAAAUUGCUGUAAGGAUGGGACCUGCAAUUUCUACAACUCCAGUUCUGAGACAUGCACAGUACUGGUAAACGUGGCCUUUGGUCUCGUCUAUAAUAGUGGACUUAAUGAGUACGCCCUUUACUUGGAUUGUGAAGGUCAGAGAAGAUCCAGUAGAGUCUAUGAGAGGACCAUGAGUCUUCUGUUUAGGAACUACAGGAAUCACCCACAUACACACAAGUUUUCAGCACAGAGAAGUUCCUCCACCACUCUGGGUGAAGUCCCACCCUGCAUCAACAGCACAGCCCAGAUGAACUGGCUGAACAGAGGUGACGUGAGGAAAGCGUUGCACAUUCCAGCUAUCCUGCCUCCUUGGGAUAUCUGCAGUGAUAAAGUUGGAGCGCAGUACAAAGUGCUGUAUGCAACAAUGAAGGACGUGUACCUGAAGCUGCUCUCUCUGGGCCUCCGUGCGCUCGUCUAUAACGGAGACACCGACAUGGCCUGCAACUUUCUGGGCGACCAGUGGUUCGUGGAGGAUCUCGGCUUGAAGGCAACUACUAAAUACCAAACCUGGAUUCAUGAGGACCAAAUUGCUGGCUUUUAUCAGAUGUUUGGAAACAUCACUUUUCUGACUGUUAAGGGUGCAGGUCACAUGGUUCCUCAGUGGGCUCCGGGUCCAGCUCUCCACAUGUUUCAGUCUUUCAUAACAAAUUCCCCUUACUGAGUCGGAGAAUGUACUUUUUCUUUAUUUGUUAUUGUUGUUCUCAGGGAAAUAAAUUUGAGAUGUAAAAAUGACUCUUUGGUACUGCACUUGUUCAUUUUCAGUUACCUCCACUUUUAAUAGGUCAAGGCUGUCAGCUGUGUCUGGCUCUUGACAGAACAAAUGGAGAACACUUUCUUUGUUUUUGUUUUGUUUUGUUUUUGUGGGGUGGGGGCGUGCCCAAAAGUUUAAUUAAUCAAAUUAACAAAGAAAUGAAUAACCCAUAGUUGUUAAAUGGUUAUAACUGUUUUUCCCUCAAUCUCAGUUUUUAUGGGUGAAAUUUGUGUUCGUUUAGAUUGAAAUUAACUGAUUUGGUCACAAACCCUCUCCAAAGCUGCUGGUAUGUGUGUAUUUUUACCAUUUUUGUCAGGAAAUUCAGGAGCUACUUGUGUAUAAAAGAACCAUCUGCAUCCUGUGGUUUCUGCAAAGCUUCUUCUCAUUGACUCAGACAGAUCUGAGUCCAGAUAUUUGAUGCUGAACUUUAAUAAAAGUAUAUAAAGUACUGUCUGUGGCACUUAUGUAAAUGUUUUUUUCGUCCUUAUGGUUGACGUGUUAAAAGAACAAUGUAAAAGGAUUUUUUUUUUAAACGUGUUGUCUGAUGUCUUAACUCCGAUCAAAAACUGUAAGUCGAUGAAGUGAAUUCAAUGUCUUUUAUUAAAUUUUUUGUUCAACUCAUGA